GGACAAUAUAAUCUGCAACACCCAUUUCAGUGUAAGAUUUUCGCGUCUGUACGUUCCCCUUUGCUUUGUUCUGUUCAACUGCUGAAAGAUUUUGACGGUUGUCGAGACCAUUUAUUUUGGCAUCAAAAUCCAGGCUGGUGAAGAUGGCCAAACGCAAGGCUGACGCUGCAGCUGCUGAGAAUGAUGGUAGUGAUGCUGCCCCCGCAGGCGACGCUCCCCCAGUCAAGAGGUCAAGAGGCCGACCCAAGGGCACCGGUAAACCAAAGAAACCUGUCGAUCCUGACGCCCCUAAACGACCUCGCGGAAGACCACGCAUCAACGCACCGAAGGACCCCAACUCCCCAAAGAAGCCCCGCGGCAGACCACCAGCCGUCACCAGUUCCCCAAAGAAGAAGUCGACUCCUAAGGGCAAGGUGACUUCCAGAAGCAGCACUCCGGGGAAGCGAGGGAGGCCAGCGGGCUCCAAGAACAAGAACAAGAAACCGGCACGCAAGCCCCAGGAAGAAGAGGCCGAGCAGUCCGACGAGUAGAUAGAGGGCGCUGUUCAUUUUUUGUAGACUACGUCAGAUGUAACCCAGUCAUCAGGGAGGACAUUGUCACUAUGGAAAUACAAUGGACUUUAGAUAAUGCAACGUUUGGUGACUUUCCAUGCUAAGAAGCCAGCCCCAGAACUUCAUCUUGUUGAUACCCGUAUAAUUUUAUUUACGUCGCUUCGCCCAAAAGCUUACCCGUAAUAUGGACCUGAUGUGAAUGUUUUUGUUUUUAAUGGUUGCCAAUUGUAUCCUAAUUAAAGUCCAUCCUGAAAAAAAAACAAUGCUGCAGUUUUUACAACCAAAUUUCGAAAAAUGUAUUGCUACAAGUGUUGUAGUCUGUCCAUUUUUUGAGCCCCAUGUUUAUUGACAUGUAAGUUCACGUGUUAAGAAUGCCCCAAUUAAUGUGACAAUAUAAUCUGCACUAUUUUUGAUGAUAACAACUCCUCAUUACGAGCAGCUCAUAUUUCAAAACUUAAAUAAAUCACUGUGCUUUGUCUGAAACGCAUGCUCACUAGAAAUUCUUCAAAGAUUUCUGCAAACAGACUUUGUCUUUGUCUCAAAAAGUGGACGGUUUAACUCCUUCACUGUUAUUUUCCACACGUUCAACUCCUCACCUGUGAUAUGCAAGGUCGCAUGUGCAUGAGCGUUGUUGUCUACAAAAACUUGAAUGUCAGAAAUUGGCGCUAUGAACAAUAUUUUUUGGACAUAAUUUUUUAUUCAAGUAUUGAAAUUUAGAAACUAUUGUCUCAAAAGAUCAAAUUUCUACAUGUAAGUUCAUGUAGGUUUUAGCUGAUUUAAAAAGAAAAUAACGGAGCCAAUUUCUGAAAAACAAAGGAUUUAUUUUCUUUUGUCAUGCAAAAUAAUCAAGUUUGAAUACCACCUUCACUGCCACUUUGUUUUUAACUCAAUAGCUGUAAGUAUGACUUAACUGUCCAUGCUUGUAAAAUGUAGCUUUCUUCAUAGUUUUAGCCUUGUGUUUUUUUGGUGUGAAAUCAUGUUUAGUUCUGUAAAGUGUUGGUUCUAAAUGUUAAGAAAUUUAGAGCUAUAUAUAAUAUGCAAACCUUCUGUCUUCAAUGAAUGAAUGAACUCAACUGUAACUUGGAUUUCAGAUCUCGAUACAAUGUAUCAAUUGCAUUUUAGGUUAAACCUGGCGGUUAUUUUAGAAUUAACUUUUUAUAAAAUUAGAAGACUGCAUAUUUCAUAUGAAGUCCCACCCUUAUGAUGUAAGAAAUUGAAUAUCAUCUCAAAUAUUCUGUACUUUAUAAUUUCAUACUUAUCAAAUUGUCACAGUUUUUAUCAGAAAACAUCUAUGUGUGCUUCAUCUUUUGUUGCCUUUAUUCAAGAUUCUCUUUUUAAACGUUACAUCACAAUGCUUCAGUAACUGCUUUUAAUAUUUACGAAAGAAGUGUAGCCAAGAAAAAGUCAUCUUUGUUAUACUGAUGGUGGUAUAAAUGUUUCAAAGCCUAGCCGUGCAUAAGAUUUGCAGUUUAAAAGAUUAAGCUUAAAGACAGCAAUUUCCAAUUAAAUUGGAGCCCCUCUUUUGAAAGAGAAAUUUGGAAUGAAUGGCAUGAAAUACAUUAUUUAAUCAUGAGAUAGUUGUCUGUUUUAAACAAAUUACAGAAAUACACAGAUGCUGUUAAGCAGUCUUUUUUUUUUGCAAUGAUCAAUUAGUUGAUGAUUUGUUGUGAAAUUUCACCGGGAGGUUUUUACUCAGAUUUUUACCAGAUAUGUAUGAAUGAUUUGAUGUAGCUUAAAAACUAACGGAGAAAAAAAGUCAUGUAUGUGUGCAUGUAGUGCAGCAUCUGAAACAUACCGUUACAUUAAUUCUUUUCUUCAUGUCUCACAAUUUUUUUUAAAUUCACAAAUGGAAAUAUUUUAGAAUCAAAUAUGCCAUAAAUCAGUAUUUGCUAUAUGCCAUUUCUUUGUCCAAAAUUGUUUUGAAGAUUAAUAGCAUUAAUCAUCCUAUAAAACUUUACUUGUUUUUUUACAAAGUGUUCAACAGUUUUCAUUUUCGUAUCUCUUUUGUAUUCGUACAUAUUUUGUUUUUGUCCAUUUGGUAGUAGAACUGUUGAAAAUAACGAUGCCUGAAAAUAUGACGCAUUUUUAUGUAUGUAGACAUUUUUAGCUGUAACAUCACCAAUGUAGAAUACUGAACCUGUAUUUUUGUCCCUGUGAAAGACAAUAAAACUUGUAGGUUGUAGUAGAACAUGA